UAUGUACACAUUAGCUUGCUUCAACUUCAUAGAAGCCAAAACACUAGGAAUUUUUGAUCAGUUCGAAAUAAUGGAAAACAAUCUGAACCCUCCGAGCAACAUUUGCUUUUGUAACUACCUGAACUCCCUUUCUCAAACACCUUAUAAGCUUAGGAGGAGGUUGUUAGCUACAUGGACUCCAGAUCAGGAACUGAAUCAAGUGAGGCUGAGGUCUGGUGCAGACAUGAAAAGAAAGCUCUCUUUGUUCGAUUUAGUUGCUCUUGGUCUAGGAGGAAUGCUCGGAGUUGGAGUUUUUGUCACCACUGGUCAUGUGGCUCGGACUAUAUCUGGCCCUGCUGUUUUUAUAUCCUACAUUAUUGCUGGCAUAUCGGCCCUCCUCUCUUCCAUGUGUUACACAGAGUUCUCCAUCGCGGUUCCUGUUGCUGGGGGUGCUUUCAGUUAUCUGAGAGUGACCUUUGGGGAGUUUGUGGGAUACUUAGCUGGUGCAAAUAUAUUGAUGGAAUACGUGCUAUCAAAUGCUGCGGUUGCUAGAAGUUUUACUGAAUAUUUAAGCGGCACAUUUGGAGUGGAAGAUCCCAACUCAUGGAGGAUUGAGAUGCAUGGGUUUGUUAAAGGUUAUAACAUGCUGGAUUUCUCAGCUGUUGCUCUUAUUCUUCUGUUGACUCUAUUCUUGUGUCAUAGCACCAAGGAAAGCUCGAUAUUGAACCUUGCUAUGACAAUAUUCCAUGUUAUCUUCUUCGGGUUUAUAAUAAUUGCUGGUUUUCUAAUUGGGGAUCCGAAGAACUUGGUAAGCUCUCCAGGAGGAUUGGCUCCGUUUGGUGCUAAAGGUGUUGUUGAUGGAGCAGCCAUUGUUUAUUUCAGCUAUAUUGGCUAUGAUUCCGUUUCAACCCUUGCUGAAGAAAUCAGAAGCCCUUCCAGAGACCUGCCAAUGGGCAUCGUGGGGUCUGUUGUCAUUGUUUCAUUCCUCUAUUGUCUUAUGGGAUUGGCCUUGUGUGUUAUGGUUCCAUAUAAUGAGAUAGCAGAUAAGGCUUCAUUUGCAAUGGCUUUUCAAAAGUUGGGUUGGAAAUGGGCAAGUCAUCUUGUUGGAGUGGGUGCAAGUUUAGGAAUUAUGGCAUCCCUUUUGGUGGCCAUGCUUGGCCAGGCAAGAUACCUCUGUGUGAUUGCAAGAGCCAGGCUCGUGCCUGCGUGGUUAGCUAAGGUUCAUCCUUCAACGGGAACACCCUUGAAUGCUACUCUAUUCUUGGGAUUCUGUACUGCAUCAAUUGCCCUCUUCACUGAACUUGACAUAGUGCUCGAGAUAAUAUCCAUUGGCACACUCCUUGUUUUUUAUCUGGUGGCGAAUGCUCUUAUAUAUAGGCGCUAUGUUAUAGUAGGCAGCAACCCACCACUACAUAUCCUUCUGUUCCUCUUCUUCCUCACAUUACUUUCUGUUGGUUUCUCUUUAUCAUGGAAGUUUGAGCAACGAUUAUGGGGACUUCCAUUGUUUGCCGGGUCCUUGAUCACCAUUACCGCUAUCUUCCACUACAUGAUCCCUUCAAGUAGGCAGGACCUCGAGUGGUCUAUGCCUCUGAUGCCAUGGCCUGCUGCUACAUCGAUUUUUCUCAAUGUUUUCCUUAUGACAACCUUGAAGAUCUUGUCAUUUAAAAGGUUUGGUAUUUGGACAGGUUUGAUAAUUUUAUUUUACGUACUAUAUGGUGUUCACUCAACUUACCGCGCUGAGGAAAUGGAAAUGGAGAUGGUAGCCGAGAAUGGAUUGAGCGCGAACUUUGGAAUUUCCCAGGAAAGAAAACUUGAUAUCCAACAACAAUUAUAACUUGGUUGAUAGUUCUUCAAUGUCUUUUUUUUUCUUUACUUGUAAUGAUUUAUGAGUGGUGUUAAUUUCGAGCAAUUGCAGUAGAAACCCACUCUUUCAUAAGUUAGCUAGAUCCCCUUAUAUUAAGAUGCAACUCAAAGAAGUUUGAUAGUGUUGCUUCAAAUUAUCUUCAUCUUUACUUUGUAAUUGUAAAUGCAAAUUGGAUGAAUUACAUCAUACUUUUCAAAGUUCU